AUGAUUUUCUCCAACUCCAUUCAAAAAACAAUGAAAAGAUCGUAUCAGUUUGAUGCGUUAAGAGGAGCAAGUAAGAAACUCUGUCAAUCAAACAGUACUCAGAAAAAUUCUGAAACUGAUUUUGUUUUAAAAGAUAAUCCUGUCAGAAAUGAUGAUAGAGUGGAGGUAUUUUGUCAAGAAAUUGGAGGUUAUGAAGCACAGAGCUGUUCCUGUUUCAAUGAAGUUGAUAUGGAAGAAUCUGAUGAAUCAAGAGAAUUUGAAAAUCAAGAGAAUCAAGAAGAAUAUGAGUUUCUUAAAAAUUUUUAUAGUCAUGAAUCAUCAAAAUAUGGAGAGAAUGAUUUAUUGAGCAAUCAUUCAUUCCAAAGCGUGGAAAGAAUUGUAACGGAUAUCAAGUUGGAAAAAAUAAUGAGGAAACUAUUAAGGUUUGCUGUUAAAGCAAAACUGUCUGAAUCAAGUUUGGAAUCUGUUUUGGAAUUAUUUAAAGAAACACUUCAAGAUUUUAAUUCUAUUUCUGAAAAAGAUUCAUAUUAUUUCACGUUGAAAGGAUUUUAUGAUUAUUUUUAUAUCAGUAGAAAAACAAUUAUGGUGCAUUAUUGUACAAAAUGUGGAGAAUAUGAAAGAAACAAAAAUGUAAAAAAAUGUAAUUGUGAAAUAGAAUGGAAGAAUCACUCAUAUUGUUUCUUGAGACCACUAAAAUUUCAAUUGGAUGAAAGAAUUUUCUUUGAAAAAGAUUUUAAUAAUCAAUUUUUUGAAAAAGUGGAAGAUAUUAAGGAUGGAAUUGUUUCAGAUAGAGUUCAUGGAUCGGUUUAUCAACAACAUCACAAAAAACUGUUUAAUGAAGGAAAGCUUAAAACAAUAUCUGCAUUUUUUGAUUCAGUUUGCCCAUUUAACAAUAGCACCAAUGCUUUUUAUCAAGGAUCUUUCAAUUUCAAUGAAAUGAAACCACAUUUAAGGAGAAAGCGUUCGAAUAAUUUUCUUUGGAUUCUUGCUCCAAAAAAACCUGAUUUUGAUGGAUGA